AUGAACUUCUCCCUCCCCGACAUCCCCGGCCUUCUCGAACCCUACCUCCCCCCGGCCCUCCAAGCCUACUUGACGCGCCAGAACCUGCAGACCCUGCUGCGCGUCAUCGUCGCGUUGUCGACGUACAUCCUCUUCCGGCCGCACCUGGAGUCCCUGUUCCGCAAGAUGACGGGCACGCCGGAUAGGAGGGAGGAGGAGGCGCGGGCGCGGAUGGAGUUUCUUCGGCGGCAGCAGCAGCAGCAGCAGCAACAACCGCAAACGGGUGGACAGGGAGGUAAUAGGAGUAUGGGGAUUGUGGGGAAGGAUGGGAAGGUGUAUCAGGUUGUGUCGCCGGCGCAGCAGCAGCAGGGAGCAGGGGGGAAGAAUGCGAAAGGUGGGAAGAAGAAGGAUGGGAGGAGGAAGGCCUAA